AUGACUAACUUUCAGAUCAUUUAAUUUUAUCAAUAUUGCCAUAAAACUUUGUUUUGUAAUUAAAUAAGAAACCUUCACUUUAUUUUGCUCAAUCAUUUUUGUCCUUUAUUAAUUAAGUUUCCCAUCAUCAAAGAAGAUCCUCAAUGCUUUUUUUUGGCAGCUUUCUGUUCAAUUAUAGAGUUAAGUAAAAAUGAUUAAAAAAUAUACAUAUAAAGAACAAUAAAAAGAAGAGCAGGUAACCAUAAAUUAAAAUAAAUUUAGCAAAGAUCAAUUAAAUAAGAGAAAGACGAUCAAUAAAUUUCUAAAGUCAAAAAUUGUUCUACAAAAUCAAUAAUCAAUUUUUUGAAAAUUAUUUGAUAUUUUCAUUAAAAAAUUCAUAAAACAAUAUAAGUGCUUUGAAAAUGAAAAUAUGGAUUUAUGAAUUUUAUAAUCGUUUUUAUAAUAAAAAUGGCAGAAUUGUGAAUAACAUUAUACUUGAAAAAUAUUGGUACAUCCUCAAUACGAAAUUCUGA